CGGAGCGGUGGGCGGGGUGGUAUUCGGCGGUCUGUGCGCUGCGCUCGUGGGUACUCUUCAGCGCGUUUGCUGGUCGCUCCGUCGGACCCUGGAGUCGCUCUGCACGCCGAGGACGUGGUCGCCCGCUCCUCCGCGCCGCCUGGCCUGGGGUUACUCUCUUAGCUCCAGGGUCUUGGAUAUGGACCUUCUUCAGUUCCUGGCCUGUCUCUUUGUCCUGCUACUGUCUGGGACAGGAGUCACAGGCACUCUCAGGACCUCCCUGGACCCAAGCCUGGAGAUCUACAAGAAGAUGUUUGAGGUGAAGAGGCGGGAGCAGCUGUUGGCACUGAAGAACCUGGCACAGAUGAACGAUAUCCACCAGCAGUAUAAGAUCCUUGAUGUCAUGCUCAAGGGGCUCUUUAAGGUGCUGGAAGACUCCCGGACAGUGCUCAUUGCCUCAGACGUGCUCCCAGAUGGGCCCUUUCCCCAGGAUGAGAAAUUGAAGGAUGCUUUCUCCCAAGUGGUGGAGAACACGGCCUUCUUCGGUGAUGUGGUGCUGCGCUUCCCGAAGAUCGUACAUCACUACUUUGACCAAAACUCCAACUGGAACCUUCUCAUACGCUGGGGCAUCAGCUUCUGCAACCAAUCGGGCGUCUUUGACCAGGGGCCCUACUCGCCCAUCCUUGGCCUGAUGGCCCAGGAGCUUGGGAUCAGCGAGAAAGACUCUGACUUCCAGAAUCCAUUUAAAGUAGACCACGCAGAGUUCCUUUCCAGCACCGACCCUUUCCAGAAGGCCCUGAGGGAAGAGGAAAAACGCCGGAAGAAGGAGGAGAAGCGGAAAGAGAUCAGAAAAGGCCCCCGGAUCUCGAGAUCCCAGUCUGAGUUAUAACCCUGGAGCAGCCCAGGACUCCAGGGGCCAGGAGGCAGCGUUACGGCUGAGGUGCCGUGAGAGCCUGCCCCUGUGAGGGGGAGCCGUGCCUGCCAUGCCCCUGGAGCAGCCGAGGGGCCUUUAGAGGAUGCUGCGCUGCAGACCGUGGAGAUGCGGGGGAGGCAGGAGGGGUCCUGGGAUGGACCCUCCCAGGGGUUAGGACUGCUGGCUGGCGGUUAGGAUUGCCUUCAUGGGAAGACAGCAGAACCAAGCUCUCAACCGUGUGUGGAGUGCUUUGCCUGCUGCUGGCCUGGCUGUGUCCCUGAGCUGCCCGGCACAGGUCCCAGCCCUCUGCAGAGACACAAUAAAAGCCAGCAAACCCUCUG